AUGGGGUUGGCAAAGCCUCCUAAGAUAGCAAAGGUAAGUUUGCUGCAGGGUCAACUGUUCAACCCGGCAAAGAAUGCGCUGGGGUGGGUGUGUCUACCUUCUCAAAUCUAGAAAGAAACAGGAUUUACAGGUGAAGCUGAACCCCCAAUUGUUGAUAGUUGACUAAAUAUUAGCAAUUGUCCAACUAUUUGACUAUUGUACUAACAGUUUUGACCUUGAGCUGACCGUGCCGUUGACCUCUGACUAGGCUGACCUAGUUUACUGGUCUGACUAGUCAGGCCUGGCGGGUCUAGUUUGGUUCGGUCCGGUGAGCCCAUGUUGGUUCGGAUCUAGAAUGGUUGGAACCGACGAGCGGGCUGCGGGAACCAGGCGGUCCGGAAUGGGUCGGACCGGCAAGGCGGGGGCUGGUUCGGACCAGGCACCUCCGGGCUGUAUUGGGCCGGGCAGAACUGGGCCGGAUCAAUUCUGCCCGAGCUGGGUCAGUUCGGUUCUGGCUGUUCCGGAGACCCGAACCGGUGGGGAUUUAACCUGAACCGAUAGAGCGGGAACGGGGGGAGGAAGGGAUUGCGGCGGCGGACGGCUGUGAUAACGGUGGCAUACGGCGGCAGCGGCGGACGGACGACGGAUGAUGGCGGGAGCACGGCGGCUGGAUGAUGGUAGCGGUCGAUGGCAACAGCAGAGGGACGACGGAUAAUUGCUGGAAGACGGCGGCUUGAUGAUGAUAGCGGUUGAUGGCGGCGGAGGAAAACGGCGACGGUGCUGGACAGUGGAGGGAGGGUGAUAGACGGCGGAUGAUGGGCUGAGGACGGUGACAGGUGGCUGGCGGACAAUGGAGAGACAGGAGAUGAUGACGGUGUGAAUAAGUGACCCUCACGGCCUCUCCCUGGCGAGUGAUGAGAGGUAAAUCCUCUCAAUUGAUCUUCAUCGUCUCUUCGUUCGUUCUAGGGCUACAAGAGGUUAUUUAUUAACCUCUCCGGUGUAUAAUAGCAAGAAACAUGUUUAAUAAAGUAAAAUAUGUCUUAACGUGCUUGGGCCGGUGUGGAGUCGACGUAGAGGUGCUGGUCUGCUUCUUCGAUCCCCAUCAUGGUGCCUCUCCAAAUGCGCUGAAACCCUCAAACGAUCCUCUAGUUUAUAUACGUUGUAACUCUGGGCGAUCUGAAGACCUUCGGCAAUGACGAGUAAGGGUGCGUCAGCCUCAUCAAGAUAAUCGAUCAUGCGCCAGCAGCAAUCAAGUAUGAAAUCCUGUCUAAGAUAAUAUUACAUUACCCGUGCCUAGCCUAUGAUCCCUACAGGCACAAGCGGCGACUUAGACUUCUUGAGUUUGAUUGUGGUCAUCUUCUUCCACCUCUUUUGCUUCCUGGCUUUUCUGGAGUCUAUAGAUCUCUGGCGCUGGCUACAAAAACUAUGCUGUCCACCAUGUCUUUGAUUUGGGGGAGAAAGACUACGAGGAGAGGCUUUCUUUGAAGCUGAGGAACCACCUGUUGCAACUCUCUACGCAAAAAAGUGGUAGCCACGUCGUGGAGAAAUGCCUGGCCUCCACUAGCGGAAGGCUCCUACUCGAGGCUCUGGCCUCGCACAAGAUGCUCCUCCAAAUCGCUCAGAACUCCAACGGGAAGUAUGCUGUUAAUGCGGUAUUGAGGAUCUCAAAGGUGCACAUCCAUCCCCCUCAACCACCCUUUCCCCUUCUUCCUCUUCUUCUCAUAUUCCAACAACUCCAAAAACUGGGAUGAAAUAUGCAGCUUAAUCAACAAGAAUAUGUUGCCUCUUUAUGCACAAACAGCGCCAUCGCUGCUGCGCUAGAAGGUAGUGGAGGCUCUUAGGAUUCAUUUCUGGAGCCUCAAGCAUCACCCUCAUAGGAGGUACAUAUACAAGAAUGUCAUAGAUGGGGGGGGGGGGGGCACAAUGUCUCCAUCAAAAUGA